AUUAGGUUGGUGUGACAGUGAUGUGAUUUUAAUUAUUCACUUUUAAAAUAACCUUAAGCUAAAUUCAAUUUUUUAUAUAGGAACUUGCGAUUGCUGUUCACCUUAAAUCCCUUGGUGUCCUUGUUCUCCAAAUUGCCUUGUCUAAUACUGUAUUACUAUCUAUAACAGUGGGAAAAUACACAAUUCCUUACCUUUUCCACCUUGAAGAGGUUAAAAUGCCAUGACAAAAUUUACCAUACUUAAAUAGCCUAUUGCAUUUGAUUUUUUCUUAAAUAAUGGAAGCGUUAAUUUCAUUUUAGUUGAAAGAAAGGCAUGAGGCGCAGAAAUAAAAUCACCAUUAUAGUAUGGAUACUUAUGGGAAUUUUAGUGAUAUAUCUUAUACAGUCAUUUCAAUACAGUUCAAUACCAUAUUCCUCAAAGAAUAAUGCUCGAAAACUUACUACAUCCGUCCAAGUUCAUAACAAAGAGAAGCUUAUAUUACGCCAGCAAAAUUCAAGUACGCUCCACAGGCAUAGACCUGGUGAUGUGGACGGAGGGUUUCAUAAACAGCCUAUAGCCAUAGCAACGCAUCAGAAUAAAUCGUUGGAUAAUGAAAAUUUUGGACAGGUUAUUGGAAACAAACUUGAGGUGGUUCUGGCUGCUGUUGCUUGUGGGGAUAGGCUUCAUGAAACGUUAGUUAUGAUUAAGUCUGCCAUCCUCUUUAGUAACAACGUUAGUCUGCGAGUGGUAAUCUUUGCAGACACCCCACUGAUAAAAGGAUUUGAAGAAAAGCUUGAUGAAUGGAAAAUUCUUGUUAACAAGACAUACACCUAUGAAAUACAUCAUGUAGCAUUCCCAGAAAACGGAAAAGAAGAAUGGCGUAAACUGUUUAAACCUUGUGCUGCUCAGCGGUUAUUCCUUCCGAGUUUGCUGAAGCAGUACGACUCUGUGCUCUAUGUAGACACAGACACUCUGUUCCUCACACAACUGGAGGAUAUUUGGCAGCAUUUCCACCGCAUGAACAGCUCUCAGAUGGCAGCACUCGCUCCGGAACACGAGGACCCCAACACCGGCUGGUACAACCGCUUCGCCAGGCACCCUUACUAUGGCAAGCUGGGUGUCAACUCAGGUGUGAUGUUGAUGAACUUGACCCGCAUGCGCCAGUUUGGGUGGGACCAAUACCUCUCACCAAUAUACAAGGCUUUCCGGUUGAAAAUCACGUGGGGUGAUCAAGACAUCAUAAACAUCAUUUUCCACUAUCAUCCAGAAUCUUUGUACGUGUACUCGUGCCGCUACAACUACCGCUCCGACCACUGUAUGUACAUGAGUGUGUGUCAAGAUGCUCACGCUCACGGGGUCGCUGUAGUACAUGGCUCACGGGGAACCUUCCACUCAGACAGGCAAACCACAUUUAAGGCCAUCUUCUCUGCUUUGGAAGAGUACCAGCUGGGUACGGAUGCCUACCAGAACCUUCUGCUGCCUCUAGAAAACAGGUUAGAUGCAACUAGCCACACAAAUUGUGGAAAAGUACGCAACAUCUUCACCAAAAACUUGCAUCUUUAUCUAGCUAAGGAGCCUUUUAGGAUUUUGGAUGAUAAAUAACUCUUAAGCAGCUGUUUGGAAAUUAAUCCAAGAUGACAACUAGCCUCCAAGGACUCUUUAGUGGCUCCAAUCAUUUGUGUGCAAAAUCUUGUUAUCACUUGAAAUUACCUAUUCUAGGUGGCCUUUUUCUGUUCAACAAAUUAAAUAAAGCGUUUUUAUAAUGACUUUUCUCAGUGUCUUAGGUGUCAUUUUACCAGCUUUAUAGAUUUAUACAAAAUUGUCUUUGCUUAUUGU